CGAAGCCGCCAAUUAGACGAGCCGGGCCGAGGGACGCGCACUUCAUCAACUUGGUCUCCAUUUGUUUUUCGUCGUCCUAAAAAGCCCCCCCCCCCGUCCACCGUCACAAUUCCCCCCCAGAGACGCUCCGCGGGGUUCCUGUCGUCCCUCCGUCCGCGAACCGCGCGGAGGAAGUGGUUGGUCUUCCUGGUGACCGCCGUCGCGAUGGUUCUGCUGGCUCUGGCCGUAGCCGUCCCGCUGCUGCUGCUUCGCGCCCCCGAGACCUCCGCGCACUACUACGAGAUGAUGGGCACCUGUCGGAUGGUCUGCGACCCGUACACCCCGAAACCGGGGGGCGCCACCGCCAUGGAGGUGAUCCAGAACGUGAACGGCGUCGCUCCGCUGCCACCCAUGGCGCAAGGGACCCGCGGGGAGCCGGGGCGACCGGGCAAACUCGGCUCCAGGGGCCCAACGGGAGAGCCAGGACCCCCGGGUCCGAGGGGACCACCGGGGCAGCGCGGCGGCGGCCGACUCGCCUUCCCCGCGGUGUCCGGACCCGCCGGUCCCGAAAAUGGCGAGGCGGACGGUGCGAACUCCUCCGCCAACGGUUUCCGGAUCGCGUUCUAUGUCGGCCUGAAGAACCCGCACGAGGGAUACGAGGUGCUGAAGUUUGAUGACGUGAUCACAAACUUGGGGAACCACUACGACGCGAGCACCGGAAAGUUCACCUGCCAUGUGUCCGGGAUCUAUUUCUUCACCUACCAUGUGUUGAUGCGGGGAGGGGACGGGACCAGCAUGUGGGCCGACCUGUGUAAAAACGGGCAGGUACGGGCCAGCGCCAUCGCCCAAGACGCCGACCAGAACUACGACUACGCCAGCAACAGCGCCGUGCUGCACCUGGACUCCGGGGACGAGAUCUACGUCAAGCUGGACGGCGGCAAGGCGCACGGCGGGAACAACAACAAGUACAGCACCUUCUCCGGCUUCAUCCUGUACCCCGACUAGACGACGACUCCAUGCCGGACGGUACACAUACAGCACCGAGAACUGUUCCCAUCAAAAAGCCCAACAUGUUUUGUCCUCGUUUUGAAGACACGUCCCACGACACACAGGCUUGUUAUCUGCAACCGUUAUGUUCUGUUCAUCUGGCGAAAGAGACCUUUUUGUACAUGUGUUUGAUUUGACUGGAGUUCUCCUGCUCCACUGUCACCAGAGUAUGUGUCUCACUACUGCAGACCUACAGUAACACCCCGAGCAUGCCCCGAGCUGAGGAGGCAUCAUUCUUAAGUUCCUUU